AUGUUCGGUGCGUCGAUUCGUUGCAGACUAGCGAGAAGGCAAGCGCCAACAUCGAUAGUAAAAAACAAUGAAGAUAUUAUAAUGGGGUUCGGAGCCUGCCCUAACCAAAGAACAAUUGGCGAACUGCAGACAUCCUUUGGAAAAUUGUUCAGAAUCGGUACCAUGGGAGACGUUACGUGGACAACGGAAAUCCCGAUGAAACCGUGUUGUUUUGUAUUCGCACACCCUUGCCCUACCCAAGAAGUUAGGAAGACAAUCGAAAGUCAUGAAUCCAUGUUUCAGGUGUCAAAAUGUGAAAGACAAGAUGAAGCACUUUGCAAAAAUAAACUUGUGGUAGUUGUUACAUUUGCAAACAAGUCCGACCGUCAUCAUCUUGCAUCUUUCAUUGGUUGUGAGCUUCCUAAAGAUGGUGAUGAUCCAAAGGAACUUGAAUUAUACAUUCAGUGGGUUGCAAAAUUCGGCUUCGAUCACAUUAUUAUUAUUGGGGAGAUUAACUAUGGAAUGGUUUUUUUAGACUGUUAUGGUCGUGUAUUUAUGUGGGAGGAUAUGAUGCAAGUUUUGUGGCCAAUGGGAGGUUCUUUGGAAGAGGUGAAAUUGAACCAUGGAAAAGAUAAAUUGUUCUGGAUUGUGGAGGAUGAUGGAAUUGUAUAUGAGUUCGAACCACCACCUGAACAUGUAUACACCACUACAAAAAAGGGAAAGAAAAAAAAUUUUAAGAAAAAAAAGCACCAAAAACGUCAUUAA